GGGUCGGGUCCUGGUGCGGGCCCCGGUCGGAGAAGCAUGUCGGCCCCGGAGAGCAGCGCUGGUAGCAGCGAGGCCCGGGAGGACGCGUGCCGCGAUUACCAGUCGUCGCUGGAGGACCUGACGUUCAACAGCAAGCCGCACAUCAACAUGCUGACCAUCCUGGCCGAGGAGAACGUGCCCUUCGCCAAGGACAUCGUCUCCCUGAUCGAGGCGCAAAUCGCCAAGGCUCCUGCAUCAGAGAAGCUCCCUGUUAUGUACCUUAUGGAUUCCAUUGUCAAGAAUGUGGGAAGAGAAUAUCUUACUGCAUUUACUAAAAACCUAGUUGCAACAUUUAUUUGUGUAUUUGAAAAGGUGGAUGAAAAUACUAGGAAAAGUUUAUUUAAAUUACGCUCCACAUGGGAUGAUAUUUUUCCUUUGAAGAAACUAUAUGCACUUGAUGUCAGAGUCAACUCAUUAGAUCCUGCUUGGCCAAUUAAACCUCUGCCCCCAAAUGUGAAUACUUCUAGCAUCCAUGUGAAUCCUAAGUUUUUAAAUAAAUCGCCAGAGGAAUCUACUGCACCUACCUCUGCUGUCACUUCUGGUGCCUCUACUCCUCCAGCUGUUCCUGAAAUACAAAAGAAUUUGACACAGGAGCAACUGAUAAGGCAGCAAUUGCUUGCAAAGCAAAAGCAGUUGUUAGAACUUCAGCAAAAAAAAUUAGAGCUGGAGCUGGAACAGACUAAAGCACAGUUGGCUGUAUCUCUUAGUGUUCAGCAAGGAUCAUCUACUAUAGCUUCAGUUCCAGCACCUUCCAAGCAACACAUGUCUCCUACACCUCAUAUGACAGUUAAACCACCUCAUCAGACUGCUGUGCAAUCCGAAAAAAACAAACCAUCCCCAAGUCCUCCCCUCCAUGAUAUGAAAAUAGUAAAUAGGGAUCCUCGACUUAAUAGGAUGGCUCAACAUUCUUCUCAUGCUAAAGAUCAAUCUCAUAGGAAGGAAUUCCCACCGAACACGACCAGUCAGUCUGAUACCAAGGUAAACAAAACAACACAGGCUGAAAAACAAAAUUCAACAAAACAAGAAAAAUUGAAGGCAAGUGAAAAAACACAGAAGAAAGAACUUGACCAGUCAGAAGCAAAAUCUAAAUCACCAUCCCCUUUAAAAAAUAAGCUGCCCAAUACUAAAGAUACUAAAACCCAGGAAUGUGAAAGCACAAAAGUAUCUGAAAUUAGUAAGCGGGAUCCAAGACUGAAAAGACAUCUUCAAGAUAAGUCAGAGGGCAAAGAGGAGGAGGUGAAAGAAAAGAGGAGAAGUACAGAGAAAAAAGAAAAAGAGGAACAUAAGACCUGUGAACAUAGGCCAGUAGGCAGCAGAAAUAAAGUAAUUAAUGGUGCUGUUCAGAAACAAGACACAACUACAGAGGAGUCAGAAAAACAGGGUGGAAAACAAGGGAGAUCAAGUAGUAGAAAACGGUCACGAUCACGCUCUCCUAAGGCACGGUCACCAUCUACGCAUUCUCCAAAAAGACGAGAGAGGAGAUCACCCAAAAGAAGACUUAGGAGUUUAUCUCCCACUUCAUCAGCUCCGAAAAUUGGAAAGAUACGUCAGAUAGGUCCUAAGCAGUCUCAUGUUGAAGAAGGCACACAAGCAGCAAGAGAUGAAAGAAAUUCUAAUAAGAGAAAUGUUAAACAAGAGGUGCGAGAUCCGAGGAGAGUGAAAAAAGCCCAAGAAGAUAGGCCCCAAGAAACAGCAAGCCAGCAUUCUACAAAAGCUUCUCCUGAUCCAAAGGAGAAUGCAGAAAACUGGCAAGGAUCCAAAUCAGGCAAGAGGUGGAAAUCUGGUUGGGAAGAAAAUAAAAACUCACAGCAGAACGAAGAACAUCAAGCACUUGGUAAAUCCCCUCACCAAAGACACCGGGAAAACUGGCCUGCUGGUAAAGGAAUUUUGUCACCCCGAGCACCAAAGCAGCAGCACCGGUUAAGUGUGGAUGCUAAUUUACAGAUUCCCAAAGAAUUGACAUCUGCAAGCAAGAGAGAAUUACUUAAGAAGGCCAAUGAACGCUUAACAUCCGGUGAAAUAACACAAGAUGAGUUCCUCAUGGUAGCUCAUCAGAUCCGACAGCUGUUCCAGUAUCAGGAAGGAAAGCACAGAUGUGUUCGAGAGGAACCAAGAUCACCAUUCAGUGAACGUUUCAAAAGAGCUAGGUAUGAAGAUCCAGAGAAAGCACCGUUUCCAGAAAGUCCAGGAUCAAGAUUUGGAGGAAUUGAAGCAAAGCAGAGGAUAAGUGCACUAAUGGAAGACAGACCUCUUUUUGAUGGCUCACCUAGGCAGGCUGCUGCAAGGGUUGGGAUAGAUGGACAAGGGAGUCCUUUUGUUGAUGGUCCUGCUGCUGGUUCAAGUUCCAGAAUUGAUGGGCCACCUGGACAGGCUGCUAUGAGAUUUGAGGGGCCUUUGGUGGGGGCAGGUGCAUCUCAGUUUGAUGGGCCGCUGGCAGGAGCAGGGGGAGCUGGAGCCCUGAGAUUUGAUGGGCCACCAGGGCAACUGGCAGGGGCCCUGAGGUUUGAAGGACCCCCAGGACAGGUUGGUGGAGGAGGUCCACUGAGGUUUGAGGGACCUCUUGGGCAGAUAGGCGGGCCUUUGCGGUUCGAGGGGCCUGCGGGGCAGCCUGUAGGUGGUCCUAGAUUUGAAGGACCUGGAGUUGGUCUCAGGUUUGAGGGUCCCCGUGGUCAGCCUUCAGGUGGUCUCAGGUUUGAGGGACCUCAUGGUCAACCUAUGGGGCCUCGAGGUCAACCAGGGGGUGGUCUCAGGUUUGAGGGACCCCAUGGUCAGCCCUUGGGGCCUCAUGGUCAACCAGGGGGUGGCCUCAGGUUUGAGGGGCCACAUUUACAGCCAUUGGGGCCCCAUGGUCAACCUGGAGGUGGCCUCAGAUUUGAGGGGCCACAUGGUCAGCCUAUGGGGCCACAUGGACCAUCAGGUGCUGGGCUCAGAUUUGAGGGGCCACAUGGACCAUCAGGUGGUGGGCUCAGAUUGGAAGGACCACAUGGUCAGCCAGGUGUAGGCCCUAGGUUAAUUGAUGGACCAGUACACCAGGGAGCUGGUGGACUUAGAUUUGAUGGUCCUCUGGGUCGGGCGGGUCCGAGAUUUGAUGGUUGUCAUGCAGCUGGAUUUGAUGGUCAGCCUGGACAGCUGUCUCUCUUGCAAAGAUUUGAUGGAAUUCAUGGACAGCCUGGUCCAAGAUUUGAAAGGGCGCCUGGCCAACAGGCACAACCACGAUUUGAUACAGCCAUACCUCAAAGAUUUGAUGGACCUCACCAGCCAGCCUCUAGAUUUGACUUGCCCCUUGGCCUUCAAGGUGCACGUUUCGAAAAUGUAGCUAACCAUCCUGCCUCAAGACUAGAGAUGUCACCAUACGGACAAGGUGGUCCGUUUGUCGACCAUCCUGGCCAGGGCUACAAUGGACCGUCUCAUGGGAUGCAGUUCCAGAGGCCUGACCUAUUUGAUGGUUCACCUGGACCAAAUUUCAAUGGGCCAGCUGGCCCAGGAGCACAGAAUUUCCCAUUGAGAGCAGCUGGACAUUACUUCGAUGAAAAAGGUCUUCAGGGUCCUCAAUAUGGAAACUUCAAUAAUAUGCCAAUGGGAAGUAAUCAGGUUUCUCUCAUGUCUGGUCAACCAGGGCCUUAUGGCCAAGGUCAACAGUAUUUGCCAAAUCCUGGAAGUUUUGUUCAGAACCCUGCAGGAGCCCUUCCACAUUCAUAUCCUGAUAACCACCUUGGACAGCUUGAUGUCAAUGAAUUGUUUGCUAAACUGCUGUCAACAGGGAUCCUCAAACUGUCAAAAACUGAUUCCACUUCAGCACAAGUGAAUGAAACAUCAUCCCAGCCAGCUGCUGAAGAGGAAGAUGAUGACCAGAACGAAGAUCAAAAUGUUCCAGACCUCACUAACUUCACAGUUGAAGAACUUAGACAGCGUUAUGAUAGUGUUAUAAAUCGACUGUACACUGGAAUUCAGUGUUACUCGUGUGGAAUGAGAUUCACUACUUCACAGACGGAUGUUUAUGCGGAUCAUUUAGAUUGGCAUUAUCGCCAGAACCGGACAGAAAAAGAUGUUAGCAGAAAAAUUACACACCGAAGAUGGUACUACAGUUUAACAGACUGGAUUGAAUUUGAAGAAAUAGCCGAUCUAGAGGAGCGUGCAAAAAGCCAGUUUUUUGAAAAAGCUCAUGAAGAGGUUGUGUUGAAGACACAAGAAGCUGCGAAAGAGAAGGAGUUUCAGAGUGUCCCUGCUGGACCAGCUGGAGCAGUUGAGAGCUGUGAAAUUUGCCAAGAGCAAUUUGAACAGUAUUGGGAUGAGGAAGAGGAAGAGUGGCACCUGAAGAAUGCUAUCAGAGUAGAUGAAAAGAUUUACCAUCCAUCUUGCUACGAAGAUUACCAAAAUACAUCAUCAUUCGAUUGCACACCAUCUCCCAGCAAGACUCCUGUAGAAAAUCCACUAAAUAUUAUGUUGAACAUUGUUAAACAAGAAACACAAGAGUCCUGUGACUCACCUAAAGUCAAAGAAGAACCUGAUGACACCCCUACUGCCUGUGCAGAAGAGAGCACACCUGCAUCUACAGAUAUUAAAACAGAACCUGAAGAGUCUGUUUAAAUAAACUGAGGUAUGAGUUUUUUUUUUACAGAAGAGCUGCUGUGUUAACUCUGGAAGGCAAAUACUUUUUAUAUGAAAUAAAAAUGUUCAACUGAGGCAGGGCCUCAACUGCUGUUUGGUUAAUAAAUACAUUUUUGUAUUUGAAUUUCUUAUUGCCUGCACAGUUUCAGGUGUCAUUGUGUGAGAGUUCUGUAGAUGCGUGAAAAUUUAAUGGAAUGAAACGGUCUAUGUAAAAAUGUACAAUUUUCACUUGUGGAAAUGUAAAUUAUAAAUAAAAGAUAUUUU